AUGUCCAAACAAGACCCCGAAGCCGCACCACCCCCCUAUUCGGAAUCCGCCUUCCCAACCACAUCCACCAUCCCCUCCCGACCAACAGCCCAAACACCCAGCCCCUCCUCGCUCCUAAACUCCCACCUCGCGACGCACCUAUCAAGCCUGCCCGCCCGGCUGCGCCAGACCCAGUCCGAGCGGGCGACGCGCCAGGCCCUGUGCGACCUGGACGUGGUGGAGCGCAUCGUGCCGCACGUCGAGGCCUUCGUCGCCGACGUCGUCGACGCGCACCCCCGGCCCACCGCAGAGCUCACCAUCGUGCCGGCCCCGGCCGUCCCGCCCGCUUGGGCCCUCAGCGGCGCCGCCGAGCGCAGGCGCGAGGGCGAGCUCGUCCACCUCGUGCGCCUGGCCGUGCCCGACACGUCUCCUCCGGCCUGGGCCGGGGCGUCGGACGACAAGGGACCGCCGCCGCCGCCGGCCGGCAACGACAAGGCCGGCCGGUUGGGAGACGCAGAGGCGGCGUCACGGUCGGCGGGAUCGAGCCUGCGGCCGGAGCGGGACUGGACGUCGACGCAGUUUGACGAGUGGGGACGGUGGGACGAGGACGCCGAGGCGGCGGCGGCCGGUGGGACCGCCGGCAGCGGGUCGACCACGUCGUGGUGGUGGCGGGACGAGCGCAUGGCGGAGCGGCUGGCGGCGCACCUCCGGCCCCGGCCGCCCGUCAAGAUGGAACGGCGUGAGGUACGGGCCGCGGUUGUGCAGGCAAAAGAGGACAAGAAGAGCGGCUGGGGUCUGUGGCGAAAGAAGUCGAGCUCAUCGACGGCGGCGCCGGCAUCGUCGGCCGCUGCUGCUGCUGCUGCUGCUGCUCCUGCUGUCUCUCCCGAGUCGCCGGUUUUGGACCACGAUGACGGUGUCAAGAUGACUGUCAGGGCUGACGAGGUUACGUUUCGGCGAGAAAAUGAUUUUGGGGUGUGGGAGAGCAUGAGCGGAUGGGGUAUUGUUGUUACGAUCGCAGUCCGGUAA